GCUGUUUUUUCAUUGCUCUACUAAAAUCCAAUUUUCUAAUAUAAAUCCAGUAUCAUUUGGAUUAUGUGUUAAUGAUACAUUUUCUAGAAAUCUAGAAAUUUCUUGAAUUGGCUAGUAGUGCGACUCAUUUUUCUCGAUUAUUCCAGGUGCUUCUAGGUGUACCCAACUCUCUACUUCACAAUGCCACGAGAAAUUAAAGAAAUCAAGGAUUUCCUGUUGAAGGCAAGAAGGAAAGAUGCAAAAUCUGUUAAAAUAAAGAAGAACGCUGAUAAUGUUAAGUUCAAGGUUCGGUGUUCACGAUUUUUAUAUACUCUUGUCAUCACAGACAAAGAAAAGGCCGAGAAACUAAAACAAUCAUUACCACCAGGUCUCCAAGUGAAGGAGGUAAAACGAAGUGAACGCAUGUAACUAAUAAAAUAAAAUAAUUUUUUAAACACA